AUGGGUAAAGGAAAACAACUCACUGAUUUCCAAAGAAACAGCAUUAUUUAUGGUCAUAAGAUUGGGCAUUCCAGCAGACAAAUUGCUAAAAUCGUGGGAUGCAGUCCUUCAGCAGUUUCAGCUUGUAUAAAUCGAUACAAAGUUACUGGAUCAACUGAAGCAAAGCCACGUUCUGGACGACCAUGUCUCUUACAAUCCUCAGACCGUAAAAAGCUUAAACGAUUAGUGACUAAUAAAAAUAAUCGUCGGAAAUGUGCUAGGGAUAUUCAGAAUCUUUGGAAAAAGAAAAAUGGACAAGAAAUCUCUGUCUCAACCAUUCGGCGUGCGCUUAACUCGGUAGGACUUAAAAAUUGCGUUGCUCGUCGAAAACCAUUCAUUUCACCUGACAAUAUGAACAAACGGCUCCUGUGGGCAAGAGAGCAUGCAUGUUGGACGGCAGAAGAUUGGGCAAAGGUGCUUUGGAGUGAUGAAUCAACGUGUACUCGGUUUCAGCAGGCUCGAAAUAGCCGAGUAUGGCGUGAGACGUCUGAGGAAUGGUCACCUGACUGUGUCUCAGUGACUUGCGAAAGCAUGCCACGACGAGUUCAAGCAGUCAUAGAUGCAAAUG